CUUGCACCAAGCCGGGGAGUGCUGCUGCCUUGUCUAGUCUAAUGGAUUUCAUUACCACCAUGCUCCCCUAUAUAUUUCCUGUUCGCUUUCGUACCAUCCUUCAUUCCAUGAACAUCUAAAAGAGAAAGAAAGGAAGGAGACUUCUCUUGCUUCUUUCCGAGCAGCGGUUCUCAUCAUCCUCAACGACUACAUUCUCCUCUUUGUUCAAGCAACCAUAAGCUGUUAUAAUUGGUUGAUUCAAGCGGUUAAUCCUUUCCAAGAAGGCACAAAUGCGGAUCUUAAAUUGGGUGCACCAGAAGCUGAACGCACGGCAUACCAGCAAGAAAUCGACGCUUCAAGAUGCCUGCAUCAACAGUCACAAAGCUAGCAAGGAUGGUGAUUGUGAAACAAUUUCUUCUAAGCACGGAGACCUCAAAAAUUGGCAACAUGGGCUGCUGACGAUCGGAACAUUUGGGAAUUUGGAGAAUGAUGAACAAAGCAUGGAAGACUGUAAACACCAUGAAAAUCCUUCUUCCCCUCAUGAUGAUCUCACGGAGUUCACUUUGGAAGAGGUGGGGAAGCUUAAACGAGAGCUAACAAAAUACUUGGCACUUAAGCACUCUACGCGAGCCCUUGAUCAGGAUGCGAAAUCAAAGGAAGCGGUACCCAAGAACGACUGCCCUCUGAACAAAUUUCUGAAUUGCCCUUCGACUUUAGAGUUUGACUGGGAGAGCUGCCCGCAAGUUGCUGGUGAGUCAGCUGGAGAAAAUGAAGGCCAAGAUGAUCACAGUAUUGUUGCAAGUAAGUCAAUGGAUGUUAGUAGCAGCAGCACUAGGCUCAGCCGAAGAUCAUUCUCAUUCUUAUUGAAGACCAUGUUCACAUGUCAAGGCGGAUCUGGACCAAUUCCAAGCCUAAGAGAACCACCAAUGCUGCGGUCGAGGAUGGAGAAGUUGCUCAAAGUAAUCCUUCGUAGUAGGAUUGGCCGCCCCAGUUCUACAUCAUCUGGGAACAAGUUCAUCCAGUGCAAAUCAGUGUCCGAAAUGGAUCCAGAAGAAGAAAGAAAAUCCCAGGACAGUGAGAAAUGUAAAGGGGUCAAGGCAGACUCUGAAUGUUGGGUUAAGACAGACUCUGAAUUUAUCGUCUUGGAGAUGUAGACGUGGGAAGACUGAAGCAAUGCCAGACCUACUUUUCAAGUCUGCUAUGGGUCUAAUGUCAAAUUGUUCGGAGUUCUGGACACUGUUGGAAUUCAGAAAGGGAAUGCAUUGAAGAAUGCAUUUAGGCUUUUCUCCCAAGUUAAGAUCUGUGCAAGUGUAUCCUCUCCAUGAGUGUAUCAUCAAGCUGCAAUACUG